AUGUGGGCUCGGCGGUGGGCCUGCGUGGCGGCGCUGGCGGCGGGGCUGGCGGCGCCGGCGGGCACGCGCGAGCUCGACCCGGCCGCGUGCGCGGCGCGCUUCGACGUGCAGCGUGACAAAAUCAUACGCACGGAGGAAUCGCGCGAGAUGGGCGCGCGCUAUCUUUCCGAGCUGGACGUGGGCGCUCGCCAGGAGUGCCUCCGCCUCUGUUGCGAGACCGAUGCCUGUGAUGUGUUCGUCUACGAGGAGAAGAGCCCCGGCAGCUGUUACCUAUUCAACUGCGGUCCCCCAGAGGAUUUCCGGUGCAAGUUCACAGCGCACGGCAACUUCAGUAGUGGCGUGCUGGCGUUGAGCAGGCGGCUGGCCGAGCUGCAGGACCAGGAGCGGCUGGCGCACCACGCGCCGGCACCCGCUGCCUCGCCCCCGCCCCCCGCCCCGCCUGCGCCCACAGUCGCCGCGCCCACGCCUUCGCCUACGUCUCGAGGAACCACGAGCCCAAGGCCACCCGAAUCCCGAACACCCCCGCCCCCACCUACGGCGCCGUCUACUUCGCAUCAGAUGCUGCAACCUUCACGGCGAUGCAGCCGGUACCAAUUCGAAUGCCGUGCGGGCGGCGAGUGCAUCGCGGUGUACAACGCGUGCGACGGCGUGCCCCAGUGCGCCGACGGCAGCGACGAGGCGCCCGAGCUCGCGUGCCCCCCGCCGGCGGCACCGCCGCGCACUGCGCCGGCGCCGCCGCCUGCCGUUCCCGCGCCAGCACUACCUCCUCCUGCGCCUGUACGACAACCGCAGGACAAUUUCCUGUCAGAGGUCGCCGAGGGCGCAGCGGCAGAGGCGGGAGGAGCACGCUGGCCGCACCGGCUAAUGCAGGCGCAGCCACCGCGGCGGUACACCGAGGGCGGUGUCAGCGGUGGUGGGGUGGUGACAGGUGUGGGAGGUGUAGUGCCGCACAUCUUCAGCCACAAAGGCGGAUUGGUGCAGGACGAGGGCGCGCUGCCUUACGCACCUUUCGCUCCCCCCGCCCCGCCGCCCGCCUGGCAGCGCCGCAUCUGGCAGACGUCGCCAGCAGGCGGUGGCAACGAGUGGGGCGGGUGGCGUACGGCCGCUAGCGACUGGGGUGACGGCGACUCGCGCGGUUGGCAGCCGCCGCCGCCGCUCGACACGGAAACCGAGCCGGGUGCAGCGGUAAGCGUGGCCAAUGCGGGAGGGUCGCGCUCCGCAGAGCUAGUCGUGUUCCCGGCCCUGGGCGGGCUCGCACCGCACGAUGCGCCCAAGAAGGGCCCGCGGCCGGCCGCCCCGCCCCGGGGGCCGCCCGCCUCGACGCCGCAGCCGCGCCACGUCGUCGAGGCCUCCGCCGGCAAGAAAACUGAACCUCAAAAGGAGGUGCACCUGGCGGCGGCGCGCGACGCGGACGACCGCGAGGGCCGCAGCGAGCGCCCGCCCGCCGCGCUGCUGCUGCUCGUGCUCGGCGUGCUGAUGACUGGCGUGCUGGGCGUGCUGGCGGGGUGCCGCGCGCGCGCCGCUCGCCGCCGCCGCCGCGGCAAGCCGCUAGCGCACGACGCGGACUACCUCGUCAACGGCAUGUACCUCUAGAGCACGCGAGGUGCUCUGAAGAUGGAGCAUCUGUGCCACGGAUUAGUUGUAGUGUAAUUGAGUAGUCUUGAUAAGGUACAUACAAAUAGUUUCGUGUCAAGUGUAAUUUGCAUAUGUAAACAUAGAUUUGAUCAUGAGCAUGUCUGAGACGCGUGUUAUUUUUAAUUGUACUCUUUGUUUAUUAACAAUUUUGGUGUGUUCCAAGUUGCUCUUUGACACUCAUGUUGAUGCCAUAAUUACUAGAGCCAAUAACGCACUGGGAUUCGGAGGCGUAGUUCGGUUGACUUUGAAGAUGCCAAAACACUAAAAAUCUUAUAAUGUGCCCUUGUGCGUGGCAACUUGGAGUAUGCCUCUCAGAUCUGGAACCCAAUGUAUAAUAUCGCGUAUUGAAAGAAUUCAUCAAAAAAUUAUUCGUUACUUAUGUUUUAAAUUUAAUCAGCCUUACCGCUCUUCAAACUAUUUAGAUAUCUGCAAAAGAGACCACAUACUUCACUUUGAAUUGCGGCGUAAAAUAGCAAACAUAAACUAUCUCAUUAAAAUUACUACCAAUAUCGUCGAUUGC